AUGUGUCCAUCUGGUAGGAUUACGAGCUCUCUAACCGCCGCGAGUCCUGAUUUCCGGCCGGCGUUCGAGAUCAUCGACGCCGAUCGCGACGGUAAAAUCAGCAGCGACGACCUCCGGGCAUUCUACGCCGGGAUUCCGAGAUCUUCAUCUUCGUAUCGCGACGAGGAGAUGAUGAUCGGGACGAUGAUAUCAGUGGCGGACGCGAACAAGGACGGAUUCGUGGGCUUCGACGAGUUCGAGAAAGUCCUUGAGACGGUGCCGUCGUGUAGAUCUGGUAACGGAUUGAUGAAGGAUGUGUUCAAGGUGAUGGACAGAGACGGAGAUGGGAGAUUGAGCUACGGAGAUCUCAAGAGUUACAUGGAAUCGGCUGGUUUGGAUGCUAGCGACGACGAAAUCAAGGAAAUGAUUAGAUUGGGCGGUGGCGAUUCAAACGGCGGCGUUUCGUUCGACGGUUUGCUCAGGAUUUUCGGUUGCUGA